AUGCCGGCCGCCCAGCCUCCCCCCGCCCCCCCCCCGCCACCCCGACGGGGACCUCACACGGCCGGACCUGACCCGGGCUGCGAGGAGGGCCGGCGCCCUGCGCCUCCUCCCCCGUCCCCCACCCGGGGGCUCCCGGCCGGGGCAGCGGCCGCCGCGGGGCAAGGGUGGCGCAGGCCCGGCCGCGCGGCGCGUCCCUCCGGGCGCGGGUCCCCUCAGCCCGCCGCAGCGGGUCCGCCACCCGAGCUCCCUGCCCGGCCCCUGACCUGCUCUCCGCCGCCCAGCGGUCCCUCGGCGCGGCGGGCAGCUGCGGCCGCCCGUCCCGGGCCGCUGUCACCUCCGCCCCUGGAAGCGGCGGGCGGGACGAUCCGGUGUGACUCAGCGCGGCCGCCCCGCCUCCCGCCUCCCGCCUCCCGCCCAGGCUUCCGCCUCUCGCGGCCGCGCGGCCCGGGGGCUCCUCGGUCCCCGCGCGCCCACCUCCCGGACGCCCGCCCCGCGCUCGCGCCCCCUGGCGGCCCGCCCGCCCCGCGGAGUCAGAGGGGGCGGCGCUCGGAGGGCCUCUGGCAGGGGAAACUGAGGCACGGGUCCCAGGACCCGGCGCCCGCCGCUCGCUGGUCGUUGGGCCCUGCGUGCCGCCUGGGCUCAGUGCGAGUCCCCGGCCGCACACGGCCUUCCAGCCUAGAAAAAAGGCGAAAUUCCUCUGAGCGAAGGCCCGCUGGGUUCCUGUCGGUGGUGCGGGCCUCCCCCUCCCCCGCCCGAGGCAGUUUUCCUCACAGCAGGCAGAGUUGGCGUCCGCUCCUGUCCGUCCCAUUUUUCCCUGAGGAGAGUCUCUCCCGGGACAGCUCUGACGAACAACAGAAUGCGAGAACUGGUCAGGGCUGA